AGCUGUUCGACAGAACAGAGCGGUUUUUGUAUUAACGGGAAUUUGUUCACUGAAAUCGAGAAGCUUCAAGAGUGAAAGCAAACUGUUUUCUAUUUAUGUUUGCAAAGACUGCCGGUCAAUAAAAAUAUAAGCGAUAAGCACGGUGAUAGUUUGUAUUUUUUAAUCGUCGCUGUAGGCUAGAAGCUGCACUGAUUUGAGAAAUUUUUAAAAUUACAGCAAAAAACGCCCCCAUCAUGAUGCACCGCCGGAACAAACAGCGCGAGCUGUUGUUGAUGAUAUUUGUAUUGUGCUUGUUUGCCGCGAAAACAAGUUCCAAAUACAACUAUCAAACGAAAUAUCUGGACGUUCCGUUGGACCAUUUCAACUACGUCAAUGAAACUGUAACCUUCAAAUUGAGAUACCUCACAAAUGACACCUACAACUCCGACGGUUCCGGUCCUAUCUUGUUCUACACUGGUAACGAGGGCGACAUCGAACUGUUUGCCCAGAAUACCGGCUUUAUGUGGGAACUGGCACCGAAACUGAAAGCUUCCCUAGUUUUCGCCGAACAUCGAUUCUACGGAAAAACACUUCCCUUCGGCAACGCUUCCUACGAUUCCCCCCGUAAUCUGGGCUACCUAACCUCCGAACAAGCGCUGGCCGAUUUCGCUUAUCUCCUCGCGGAGAUUAAUCCCUCCAAUCGGACCACUAGGGGGCGUCCUGUGGUUGCUUUCGGUGGAUCCUACGGUGGAAUGUUGGCUGCCUGGUUUCGGAUGAAAUAUCCCCACCUGGUGCUGGGAGCGAUUGCCGCCUCCGCUCCGAUCCGACAGUUUGAUGCCGGUUGUGGUGUAUUUAAUCAGAUUUUGACGUCGGUAUUUACCGUGGCGUAUACCCGGGAAUGUUCCCAGAAUAUAGCGCGGUCGUGGGAAACGUUAAAGAAUUAUUCCUCGACGGCGGACGGAUUGAAGGUUCUGCAGGAAAAGUUCAAGUUUUGUACGAAUGUGACCAAAGCGGAAGACAUUACGGGAACGUUCUUCGAUUACUUGGGUGACGUCUACGGCAAUUUGGCGAUGAUCAACUACCCAUACAAUACAUCGUUUUUGGCUCCGGUUCCGGCUUAUCCUGUGCGUGAGUUUUGUGGCCGAUUGGCGGAGAAUUACACGGGGGUGGAACUGGUUUCGAGACUGCAGGAAGCUGUUAGCAUUUACUCGAACUACACCGGUACGACCAAAUGCUUGGAUAUCAGUUCUUCGUAUGACAGCAGCAUGGGCGACAAGGGUUGGGAGUUUCAGACCUGUACGGAAAUGAUGAUGCCAAUGUGUUCCGAGGGAACGGGAAAAGAUAUGUUUCCCAAGAAGCCUUGGGAUGAGAAGAAAUUCUCGGAUGAUUGUUUCAAGAAGUUUGGGGUGCGACCGAAACCGAAGGUGGCCUUUACCAUGUAUGGGGGGUUGUAUUUGGACGGUGUAUCAAAUAUCAUCUUCAGCAAUGGUUUGAUGGAUCCUUGGUCCGGAGGAGGUGUGCUUCGAACUGGAAACAGCAAGGUUUUGGUUGUGCUUAUCCCCGAGGGUGCCCAUCACAUCGAUCUGCGUGCUUCCAACGAAAACGAUCCGGGAUCGGUGGAAGCCGCUCGUCGGAUCCACGUGGAAAAUAUUCAACAGUGGCUUAAGCAGUACCGGAAGGCUAAUAACUAUCGUUAACUGGAGAAAUGAACAGAUUGUUGUUGAAAUUAUAUCAAGCAAAUGUUUUUUACUAGAUAGGUUUUGUGAGGUUUGAUAAUAAAGUUGAAUUUUAGAUAACUUUCGGUCCAAACAGGGGCGAUUGUUUCACGAA